AUGAAAAAAGGAGAAAAAGAGAUACAGGAAAGUGUGUAUAUUAUGAGACACCUGCAAACUGCACUUUUGGGUAGACCAGCCAUUCAGAAGCUGGAGCUUGUAGCUAGAUUAAAUGAGAUAACUGCUGAAAUAUUAAAAACUAGCUAUCCAAAGCUAUGCAGUGGCUUGGGAGAGGAGAGAAGGUUAAAGGAUGCAGAGAGAUAUGAUGCACGCCACAGAGCAAGAGUCCUUAGUAAACUUACUCCAGGACAAGGCGUGUGGAUUAAAGAUCAAGGCACAAGUGGAGCAGUGGUUACCAGUCAUUCUACUCCACGGUCAUACAUCGUGGAAGGACCCCAUGGAUUGAUUAGGCGAAAUCGUCGUCAUUUGGUUGCCAUGGAGCCUUCGACAGAGCCAGAAGUACCGGAAGGUGAUGUUGUUGCAGAACAAGUUCCACCGAGUUCUGAGGAAUCUUCACCUACUCCUAGAACCAGGUUUGGGAGACGGGUUGUGAAACCAGAUAGACUGAAUUUGUAG